AUGUCUUCUGAUUGUAUUGCUACCAAUUAUGGUACUGGCACUGAAACCACUGCUGUUGCCAAUAGCAACAGUGCACUCAACAAUAAGAAACAGAAAAUGUCUGCUGCCUUUGAUUCUCUUCUGUUUGCUGACGAUUUGAUUUUGAUCGAAGGCAUUCUCCCUUUUGUUGGUGUUGGACAGUACGCUUUUGUAGCAGCUGUGAACAAAAAGAUGAAUCAACUCUACAAAGAGUACUGUGAAAUUGAACUCAAGAAAAAUCCAAGAAUGGUAACCGAUAACCCCUAUGGUUGGCCUUCUAGACAUGCUGCGGAAAGCACGGACACUGUUUUAAGCGAAACGUUUUGCAAUUUGCUCUGUGCAGAGUACUGGCUCAAGGACAACUCCAGCAACAAAAAACCUGAUCGUAAUCAUGUUUGUGCUGCAAUUGCCAAAAUUGGAAAUCAUACUGUCAUGAAAUGGGCACGACAAGAAGGAUUCCCAUGGAAUGAGCGGACAUGUGCUGCAGCUGCUGGAAAUGGAAAUUUGAAAAUGCUCCAAUGGUUAAGAGAGCAUGGUUGUCCAUGGGAUGAAUCAGCAUGUGCCGAUGCUGCACUAAAUGGUCAUUUGGGAGUUCUCCAAUGGCUGAGAGAGAAUGGUUGUCCAUGGAGUGCAUUGACGUGUGCUACAGCUGCUGAAGGUGGCCAUUUGGAAAUUUUAAAGUGGGCACGUGAAAAUGGUUGUUCAUUGAAUGCAUGGACAUGCUUGCGGGCCGCCAAAAAUGGCCAUUUGGAAAUUCUCCAAUGGUCAAGAGAGAAUGGUUGUCCAUGGAGCGAAUGGACAUGUGCUGGAGCUGCUGAAAAUGGACAUUUGGAGAUUAUAAGUGGGCUGCGAAAAUGGUUGUCCAUGGAAUGA